AUGGCUUCGGUAACGUCGUUAGACAAGGACCUGCGCAAGUUGCGCCUCGAGAGGUACACGCCUGCCGCCGCGAAGGAGGUUAGCACGUGGAUCGAGAGCGUCCUCGGCGAGAGGCUUCCCGCUGGAGACCUGCUCGAGAGCCUCAAAGAUGGAGUUGCGCUCUGCAAACUUAUCAACCUGGCGGUGCCACCACCCGGCGUCAAGUUCAAGAAGUCGGCCAUGCCGUUUGUCCAGAUGGAGAACAUCUCGCACUUCCUGCGCGCCUGCAAGCAGCCGCCCUUGAACCUCCAAGAACACGACGUCUUCCUCACCGUCGACUUAUACGAACAAAAGGACCCCGCCCAAGUGCUGCAGUGCCUCGGCGCCUUCAGUCGCGCCGCCCACGCCGCGAACCCGGCCAAAUUCCCGAGCCCGAUCGGUGGCAAGACCCGGGGUGUCAUGAGUCCUCAGGGCACCGGCCGCGGCACUCCUUCGCCGACACGAUCUCGCGGAUUCUCCAAUACUUCUGGUGGCUUCGGCUCGCCUCGGCCUAACCUCGCCAGUGCCAAGACUGGCGAUUCGGGCUCCGGCAGGUGGAGUCCGACGAAGCCUACCUCUCCGACUACUAGCUGGAGCAAGAAGGAGCACGAGGGAGCCACUUCUCCGGCGUGGAACAUUGCCCAGUACGGCUACAUGGGCGGUGCCAGUCAGGGCAAUCUCGGUAUCUCGUUUGGCAGUCGGAGACAGAUCACUAGUGCGGGACCCAACGUCCCAAGCCUGGCCGAGAAGGAGAAGAGACGGAAGGAAAAGGAGGCCGAAGAAGAGCUUCAACGUCAACAGAUGGAGGACCUCAGACGCCAAAAGCUGGAAGCAGAAGAGCGUGAAGCCCGCGAAGAGGAGGAAAGACAUAUUCAACGUCUCGUGGAAGAGAAGCAACGCCGCGCAGACGAAGAAAAGCGCCGUGUAGAUGAGGAGAGAAGGCAGUGGGAGGAAGAAGAGCGUAUGUGGAAGCUCACGGAGGAGAAGCGGCGCAAGGAGGAGCAGGAGGCCGAGGCGCGUCUUGUCGAUGAGCGGAGCCGCACUAGAAGUCGCAGUGACGCCCGCCUUCGUGGACAAUUCCUCAGUCAGUACCAGGCGGAGCAGAAGGUCCAGCCGCAAAAGACCGGAGCCGACCGAAUCGCCGAGCUGGAGGCAGAGCUUGAGAAGGCCAGAGAACGAGAAAGACAGUACGAGCGCGAACGCCAGGAACGAACGGGCCGAACGUUGACCAUCACCAACGAUCCCAAGGCUCGGCUGAGGUCUAAGAGCCGGCCGUCCGACGGAACACCCAGCCGCCAGGAUUCCUGGUCCAAGGGUGAGCGUGAGGUACUUCAGACCGCGUGGGCCCAACACCAAGACGCGCAAGAGGACGAGCCGCCGGCCCCACCCCCGAGAUCCCCGAGACCCCUGCCGGACCCGAGGGCCGUCGCUUCCCCGCCGCCGCAAAAGGUCGUGACCCACACUACGGGCGGACGACCGCUUCCGGACCCCGCCGCAUACAAGGCGGCUGCCCAGCCCCCGCCAAGCCGGACCGACAGAUUCCUCGCUAACAACGCGGCACCCGCUCAGCCGGCCACCAGGCAGACCUACUCCCGCGAGCUCGGUGCAACGGCGGAGCAAGACGGCGAGGACCGCCGGCGCGCCCAGAGCCAGAAUAAGACCAAGGCCGGCGGCUGGGCGUCCAAGUCGCUCCUCGAGCGCGAGAUGGAGAUGGAGCGCCAGCGCCAGCGCGAGUGGGAGGAGGCCCAGGAGGAGACCGCCAAGGCCGUGCCCACGGGCAACGGCGUCGACGGCAUCGGUGGCGGUAUCGGCGGUCGCUGGGACGUGAGCCAGUGGGCUGGGUACACUGGCGGCGACAGCCAGAACAAGGGUAGCCAGGGUAUCGGAGCUGGCCGAAGACAGAUUGUCGGACCCAGGCCGCUGCCUAAUACGCCGCGGUGA